UGGCUAGAUGGAAGCAGGGCUGGUGUACGUCACGGUGUGUACAUCCGCGCCCGCUUCACGGCUCUUGCCCAGGCAAAUCCCCGCCCUAUAUUCAAAAAAUACACCGAACUCUAACCCUCACCUCGGACACAAUCUCACAGGUUAAGAGUGGCUCAGAUACAGUGUUGGAAAAGUUCUGCUUCGUCUUGUUUAAAAUGUGUGGAAGAACAGCAUGCACCCUUGCUCCUGACGAGCUGAAACGAGCCUGCUCUUACAGAAACCGAAGGGGGCAGAGGAGACAUCCCCGCUGGAGGGAUGGAGACGCGGACAACUAUCGACCCUCCUACAAUAAGAACCCGCAGUCCAUGAGUCCCGUCCUGCUGUCACAGAGGCAUUUUGACAAGGAUGCUCCUGUGGAUAAGUGUGUGUUGGCCACAAUGCGGUGGGGUCUGGUACCCUCAUGGUUUAAGGAGAGUGACCCCAGCAAGAUGCACUACAGUACCAGCAAUUGCCGCAGUGAGAAUAUAUUGCAGAAGAAGUCCUACAAGGACCCUAUGUUGAAAGGACAGCGCUGCGUCAUCCUAGCUGAUGGUUUCUAUGAGUGGCAAAAGGUUGAAAAAGGCAAGCAGCCUUUCUUCAUCUACUUCCCUCAGACUCAGCCAGGACCCAGCCAGGAGGAAAGAAAGAACUCGGACUCUGAGUCAGUGCGCCCUCCAGCCAAAGUCUCCUCUGGUUUGAUGAAGGGAGGAGAAGCUGCAGGUGAGUGGACAGGAUGGAGGUUGCUGACUAUGGCAGGAGUGUUUGACUGUUGGACACCACCAGGAGGUGGAGAACCCCUUUACUCAUAUAGUGUAAUAACUGUGAAUGCUUCCCCAAAUCUGCAAAGCAUCCAUGAUAGGAUGCCAGCGAUCCUUGAUGGGGAGGAAGAGGUUAGGCGCUGGCUGGAUUUUGGGGAGGUGAAGUCUCUAGAAGCUCUCAAACUGCUCCAGUCAAAAAAUAUUUUGACUUUUCACCCCGUCUCUUCGUUAGUCAACAACACGCGCAACAACUCUCCAGAAUGCCUCCAACCAGUGGAUCUCAACAGCAAAAAGGAGCCCAAGUCCACAGCAAGCAGUAAGAUGAUGACAAACUGGCUGUCGAGCAGUUCACCUUCAAAGAGGAAGUCCCACACAAGUGAAAGUAAAGAAGAGCGAGAAAGCAAGCCACAGAAUCAGCGCAAGUCUGCAGGAGGACUUCAGCAGUGGCUUCAGGGAACCAACAAGAAACCAAGAACAAAGUAAAUACAUGAACUGAGAACUCGAUAGUGUUUGAAAGACCAUUCAGGCCUUAUUGUACUCUGCUACUGUAUAAUUGUAUAAGAAAAAGUUCAUUUUUUACUUGUACUUAAGAAUAUUUUAAAUGUAAUUCAUUGUUCUACAACAAUUUAAGAGUUCAUCAAUAAAUGUCAGACACAAUAAUGCUUUAUUCAAGGUUUUUUAUUACCCUUAUUACUUGAAACAAUGUAGAUGCUAUGCAUUAUCAUAUUAAUAAUAUAAUAAUGAUGAAUGCCAACACUCUCUCCCCCAAAUUUGUCCUUCAGAGUUACAGUAUGUAUGUCAUCCUGUUUCAAAGUUUUAACAUAAUACGAACAGACAGUUAAAGAUCUGAUCAGUUAAAAGAAAUGUCAAGCACUUGAAUCGUAUGCCAACACGAGCAUCUGGCAGAGUCAGAUAUGGAGAUUUACAACACAACUUUAUGUCUUCCCCACACAAUGAUUGAGAGGUCUGCAAAUAUACAAAGUUGCAACAGUUGACAAUAAAAAGAAAUGUACUAGCUAAUAGUACUGGGUUAUGAAUGACAAUUUGUAUUUGAGAAAAAUCUCUCCUCUAGGACUAUCCGGUAGACUGACAUGCUGUCUUGAUUUGGUUCAUGUCAAAUGUUCUAUCUGGAAUUUUACAACCUUCAUUUCCCCGAUAGAGGAACAGCACUUGGACGCAGGAACUGAGUCUGUAUUCACACAAUGUUCUCGACCUGAGCUACAAUUAUGUUUAUUGUGGCUCCAAAAUGAGAUGGCUCCAAGUUUUCAGUUACCGAAGAUGAAAGCAAAAAAAAAAAAUUAUCUGUACACACUUGUCUAAUGGACUUGUUAUUGAUCUGCCUUUACAAUUCUAUACCAAUUACUAAGAAUCAGCAGGCAGUAUGAUGAUAUCAUCUACACUUUUACACAGUAUCCCUGUUUAAGUGUCAGAAUUAUUAUGUUUUUUUAAAGAUUUUUAUGAGGUCAAGUGAAACCACAUUAACAAGUGUUUCAGAGUGAAACUAACAUAAGCCACAACACAAAUGAGUAAAAAGGGGGAACAGUGUUUCUACUAUUCAUGCAGCAGCGGGCUGUGAAAGUAAGAAAACCACUAAAAAAAAAGAAAAAAGUUUAACUUAAAUUAGAAAUACAAAUAACUAAAGAAGUAAUGCUUUGAUUUCCCACUUGGACAUAUUCAAAUAAAAACUGUUACAACCAAAACUGGGACUGAAAGCAUUGAUAAACAUAGAACUCCAAGUGAGAUCAGCCCAUACCACCACUGCCAUGAAAAAGUAUGAGAAAACACUAGGAAGUCAUAGGCUUAAUACAAAUAAAUGUUGUAUUGUUCCCUCGAGGUGUUCUUUGGGCUAGGAAAUUUAGAUUUUUAUAGAAAAUGUGUACUUUGUAUACAUAAGGAGGUGAGUGCAGCAUGUUUGUGUAUACUAGUAUUCUCAAUAAGUGGGAUGCUGCUUGUAUGUUGGGCAAUAGGGAAUAACAUAGUGAGCCAUGGGAAA